AUGUCUGGCCCCUUGAUUUUCAUAACCGGUGCUACCGGUUUUAUUGGUAGCGCCACCGCAGUCGAAGCUCUCAAGGCCGGAUAUCGACUUCGAAUUGGCGUUCGCAAGAACUCAGACAAGCUCGAAGCGAUACUAUCAAACUAUCGUGAACAACUGGAAUUCGUCACCAUCCCAGAUCUCACCGAGGAGGCUGCUUUUCGAGGCAAGCUUGAUGGGGUAGACUAUGUCCUCCAUUUAGCAUCACCACUUGCCCAUGGUACCGACAAGGAAGCUUUCUUUGGCCCCGCAGUGAAAGGAACCUUGGCUGUGCUCAAAGAGGCAGCUAAGGUGCCAAGCAUAAAGAAGGUUGUGGUAACUUCAUCUAUCGCUUCCUUGAUUCCUCUUGUUGGAAUACCCAGUGGUGGUGUCAUCAAAGAGGAUACUGAUUGGGAUCUCACUGUGAACCCAGAAGCCGAUUUCGUCGAUCCUAAUGACCCUACUGCAACACCGAUGACUUUGUACCGUGCGUCCAAACUACUUGCAAACAACGCGACAUGGAACUUCUGGAAGACUGAAAAGCCGCAUUACUCGCUGGUGACUCUUCAUCCGUCGUUUGUCUUCGGGCACAAUCUCGUACAAAACUCCGCCGAGGAAGUCCAAGCAGGGAGUAAUGGUAUUCUCUGGGGUAGCGUGAUGGGAGGUGUUCCACUUACGGCCAUAACGGGUGUGCACGUCCAAGAUGUUGCUGAAGCCCAUAUUAAGGCGUUGGACCCGAAGAUCAAAGACGGCUCGAAAUAUCUGAUCUCUGGACCGCAAACAACAUGGAAAGAUAUUGCUCGUAUUGUGCACAAGGCUUACCCCAAUGUUGGUGCGAAGAUUACGGAGCAGGCUGAAGGUGCUUCCCUGCCCACCGAUACCACCAAGGCCGAAUCAGAGCUUGGAAUGCAUUGGCGAUCUUGGGAGGAGGUGGUGCGGAGCGUGAUGGAUCAGCAGCUGGGCUUUCUUAAAGCCUGA